AAAAAAGAAAAUAUUUUUUUUCUUUUUUUUUCUUUUUCAGUUCAUUAUUCCCUUAUCAUCAUUAUUACAGUUUCAGGAGCCAAUGGAUUUCCUUUCUGCUUCCUGAUUCUUUAAUCUGAUUUUGUUGUGUUUUGCCUCUUCACUGUGUUUUCUGAUGAUCAUGCUUGUUGUGAAUUUGGGUUCUUAUGUUAUGAUGGGUGAAUCACAGAUGACAAAAUUCGGCUUAAAUGUCAGGAAGAAUGAGAAAAGUGGGUUCCCAAGGGGUCUGGAUCCUGCAAUAUCUAAAUUUUUUGUGCAGCUCCAAAGUGUUGUUAAGGCACGGCUGAGUAGAUUAGCUAAACAGGACGGAAUCAAUUUGGUGAGAUCUUCCCAAAAAAAUGACAAUAAGCCUUUCAGUUACUCUGAAGCUGAACUGAAUGAGCAACUACAAGCGUGGAGAGAAAAUCCAUCUUGGGUUGAUAGGCCACCGUUAGUAAAGGUCACUGUUCCCAAAGGAUCUCUUUGCAACCUCAAUGCAGAAGUUGAUGUUGGGUUGCCCCCUGAUGCAGUAUAUAAUAUAGUGACAGAUCCUGAUAAUAGGAGAGUUUUCAAAAAUAUCAAAGAAGUGAUAUCCAGAACAGUUUUGGUUGAUGAGGGUCAUAGGCAAGUGGUUGAUCUUGACCAAGCAGCCAUUUGGAAAUUUCUUUGGUGGUCCGGGACUAUUUCGAUUAAUGUCUUGGUAGAUCAAAACAGGAAAGACCACUCUAUGAAAUUCAAGCAAACUAAGACUGGAUUUAUGACAAAGUUUGAGGGCUGCUGGAGGGUAGAGCCUUUAUUUGUUGAUGAAGCAAUGUGCCAUCCCUUUAAGCCUAUGACAAAGGAAGACUAUAAUGCAUGUACAAGAGGCAAAGGAAGAAUUGGAUCUAAAGUUAGUCUGGAACAAAUACUCCAGCCAGCAAUUGUCCCUCCCCCUCCCAUAUCGUGGUAUUUGAGAGGAAUUACUGCCCGGACAACUGAGAUGCUUAUAUAUGAUAUGCUUGCAGAAACUGCUAGAAUCAGAGGAGGGUAUGAGGUUGAAAAGUCUGAGACACAGGACCUGCAAGGAAAACCUGCUCAAAAUGUGGACCUGGUUGCUAAUUCAAAUGACAUUAAAGAAAGAUGGAUUUUGCGUAGAAAAAAUGCAAAGCGUACUCAUAGAAAACAGCUGACUGCUAUGUGAUUUUCCUAUGUUUGUUUAACUUUCUAAGCACUAUAUAUAGAUUGUUUACAUGUAGUUCAGUUUAAAGAAUUUAUCACACAAUGUUACAGUCACUAAUUUCAGCUCAUUGCAUGACAUUUCAGUCAGAUGAGUUUCCAUAGAAAAUAAUCAACUUUGUUUUCUUUUCA